AUGCUUCGACCGCAGCUUGAAGCUUUUGGGCUUGAAUUCCAGAUGAGCCGAACUGGAUAUUCUUCAAUGCUACAGCCUGGCGCUGAAAAUAAGCCUGAUCCUUAUUUUGAAGAUUUGGAUGGCACUUCUGGAGUUGUCUUCAUUACACUUAAUUUUUUUUAUUUGCUUGCUCUAGCCACUGCUCCACACACACACACACACACACACACACACACAAACUUACUGAUUUUAUUUUCUGGCGACAGAUCACAGGCGUCCAGUCAGGCAGUGAAUGCAGAAGACAUCAGAGUACAACACAUUCAGACCAACGGACAACUCAUUACGUCAUAUAUUCGCAGUGUGCAUCUGUUUCCGGGUUACAAACCAGGACGGAGACCUUCUAAUGACGUAUCUUUGCUUCGCUUGAAGAAGGCAAUCACCUUCUCCUACCAUAUACAGCCGGCUUGUGUCUUAACCCAAGACUUUCCUGGUGAAAAAACAGCUGUUACAUUUAAGCAUCAGAGCGGAGAUUACAAUUGGGAUGUAAUUCUUCAGCAACACGACUCUCGGUGUGAUUCUCCGCACAGCGCAUGUUCCAGAGCUACCAACAUUGACUCCAACCAAUUCUGCGCAAAUGAUAUUGUGUCCGAGAGAUUCUUAGAGGAAGGAUCAUCUGGAGGACCUUACCUGGUGAACGCUGGAACACGUGCUCAGGAUCAAUGGCUAGUUGCUGGCCUGGUAACUUUCCACACCCAGGACACCUGUGGGAAACCACUCACUAUCUUCACCUCCCUGGUCAACUUCUGGCCUUGGAUCUCCCAAUGUGUGCACGAAGGAAAGUGUACAGCUUAGCAUGGUCACUUAAUUCAUCCUGUGAUUAGAAUUUUAACUGGUAUGAUUUUGUGAUAUUGUUUUAAAGUUACUGUGUAAAUAUUAUUAUAAUAUACUUCAAGAUUCUGAUGAUGGAUGAAAAUUCGUCAGUAACGUCAAUAAAUAAAUCGGAUAAAAA